AUGGCAGCCACUCUCUGUCAGGUGAUGGGGUUCAUCCUCAGUUUGUUGGGGGUGGCGGGAAUAAUCGCAGCGACGGGGAUGGACCAGUGGGCCACAGAGGACCUCUUUGACAACCCUGUGACAGCUGUUUACUCAUAUUCAGGCCUGUGGAGGUCCUGCGUCCGGCAGAGCUCUGGUUUCACAGAGUGUCGACCAUACUUCACCAUUCUGGGACUGCCAGCUCUGCUCCAAGCUGUCCGGGCCUUGAUGAUCGUUGGGAUUGUUCUGGGAGCCAUCGGCUGUCUGAUCGCCAUAUUUGCCCUGAAGUGCCUGAAAAUGGGAAACAUGGAGGACAACAUCAAAGCUACGAUGACUCUGACUGCUGGCAUCAUGUUUCUUCUUGCAGGUGUCUGUGGUAUUGCCGGGGUGUCGGCCUUUGCUAAUCUGAUUGUGCAGAGUUUCCGCUUCACUACAUAUGCUGAUGGUGGAUUCAGUAUGUAUGGAGGAGCCGGUGUUGGUGGACUCACCGGAGCUCUCACUCCGAGAUACACCUUUGGCCCUGCUCUUUUUGUUGGAUGGAUCGGUGCAGCCAUCUUGGUGGUGGGAGGGGUCAUGAUGUGUCUGGCCUGCCGUGGAAUGUCUCCUGACAGAAAGCAGAGGUAUGAUGGGAUGGCCUACAAAGCUGCCUCUCAACACACUUUCUACAAGCCUGAAACCAGACCCCGACCGGCCUACAACGACUCGUACAAGGCCCACAGUGUGGACGGGAGACAGUCCAACCAGAGAUUUGAUUAUGUCUAG